AUGUCUGACGAAGUUUCUGAUUUAACACCGAUGCUUGGUCCAGAUACUGAAAGCACUGUUCUUAUUACACGUUCAGCAUCACGAGGGAAAACAUAUAAAAAUGUUAUAACAAUGAUCGUUUUAUUUCUUAUCAAUUUAUUAAAUUAUAUGGAUCGAUUUGCUAUUGCAGGUGUCCUUGAACAAAUUCAGGAUUAUUUUAAUAUUGACGAUGCUAAAGCUGGUCUUCUUCAAACAGUUUUUGUCUGUAGUUAUAUGGCUUUAGCACCUCUUUUUGGUUAUUUAGGAGAUCGAUAUAGUCGAAAAUUAAUGAUUAUCUUAGGUGUUACUCUUUGGUCAAUCACAACUGUAGCUGGAUCAUUUGUACCACGAAAUUUAUUUUGGCUGUUUGUAUUAUUACGUAGUUUAGUUGGUGUUGGUGAAGCAUCGUAUUCAUGCGUUGCACCGACAAUUAUUGCUGAUAUAUUUAAGCAUGAUAUGAGAACAAGGAUGUUAGCUGUUUUUAAUAUUGCUGUACCAUUAGGCGGCGGUCUUGGAUAUAUCGUUGGUUCAUAUGUUUCAAAAGCAUUUAAUAAUGAUUGGCGAUGGGCUUUACGAGUUACACCUGUUCUUGGUGCCGUAUGUGUUAUUCUACUUAUUGUACUUGUGACUGAACCAGUACGAGGGGGUAUCGAUGGUGCUCAUAUGCAAAAAACAUCUAGUUGGUUUUUUGAUGUUCAACAAGUUGUUAAAAUUAAAAGUUUUCUUUUAAUAACACUUGGAUUUACAUGGGUAGCAUUUGGAUUAGGGUCACUUUCUUGGUGGGGACCUAUUUUUCUUCAAAAAGCUCAUAUACUAGCCAAUGGAAGUGAAGACCCAAAAGAUAAGACCAAUGUAUCACUCUAUUUUGGUCUGGUAACAUGUGGUGCUGGUAUUCUGGGUGUACUACUGGGAAGUGAAAUUGCUAGACGUUAUCGUAAACGAAAUCCACGUGGUGAUCCAAUUGUCUGUGGUGUUGCAGUUCUUCUUGCAAUACCAUUUUUAUUUUGUGUGCUACUAUUAUCUAAGGAUUAUAUAGUUUUAACAUGGAUCUUCAUUUUUAUAGCUGAAACAUUACUUUGUAGUAAUUGGGCACUGAUUACAGAUAUGCUUAUGUAUAUUGUCAUUCCGACAAGACGUUCUACAGCUAGUUCAAUUCUAAUUUUUGUUAUGCAUUUAUUGGGUGAUGCAUCUAGUCCAUACAUAAUCGGUGAAAUUAGUGAUUUUUUUCGAAAAGGUGCUGACGAUAAUUUAACUCAAUGGGUAUCAUUACGCAAUGCAUUAAUGUUAACACCGUUUGUGGCUAUACUUGGUGGUGCAGCUUUUCUUUUUUCAGCAAUGUUUAUUAUACAAGAUCGUCGUCGAGCAGAAGAAACGAUUGAAUCUGUUGACGAUGAUUCGCAAAUUUGA